AUGGGUGCUGUUCACACCGUUGGACCAAAUAAAGCACUUGUUAUUUCGGGUGAGUAUUCAGGUGGCUGCUUUGGUGGUCGCAAAGUUCGAACCAUAAUUGGUGGUUGGGGAUGGGCAUGGUGCUGUUUGUCUAAUGUCCAGAAAAUCUCGCUUGAGGUAAUGACUCUCAAUCCUACUUGCACGCAUGUUGAAACUACUGAGGGAGUUCCUCUCACUGUUACUGGUGUCGCUCAAGUGAAAGUGCUCUCAGAUGAACUAAUUCUACCCCUGGCAUGUGAGCAAUUUCUAGAUUUAAACAUUGAUCGUAUUCAAAAUACCAUCCUACAAACUUUGGAGGGCCAUCUUCGCGCUAUUCUUGGCACCUUAACAGUUGAAGACAUCUACAAAGACCGAGAUCAGUUUGCAUCUCUUGUUAGAGAGGUGGCAGCUCCCGAUGUUGGUAGAAUGGGAAUUGAGAUUCUCAGUUUUACUAUCAAAGACGUCUUUGAUAAUGUCGAGUAUCUCAACUCUCUCGGUAGACCUCAGAUUGCGAAAGUUAAACGUGAUGCAAACAUCGGUGUGGCCGAAGCAGAAAGAGACGCUGGAAUUAUUGAGGCGGAAUGUGAAAAGGCCCGAAUGGAGGUGCGAUGCAAGGUGGAUGAAUCCAUUGCUGAUCAUCAACGUGAAUUCGAGGUUCAGAAGGCAUCAUUCGACAUGGAAGUCAACAAGGCUCAAGCUGAAGCGGAAUUAGCAGACGAUCUGCAGUCCGCUAAAGAGAGACAGUUUAUCAAGGACGAGGAGGUGAAGGUUGAGAUUGUGGAGAAGACCAAGAGAAUUGAGAUCGAGGAACAGGAAGUGAAGCGUAACGAAAAGGUCCUUGAGGCCACCAUUCAUGAACCAGCUCUGGCUGAAGCAUUCCGUAUUGAGCAGAUUGCUCAGGGUGAAAAAUACAUGAAGAUGGUUUCAGCAAUGGCCACAUCAGAAGGCAUACGCAGCAUUGGAUCAGCCCGUGCGGAAGUGGCACAGGUAGCAGGCGCAGCCGAAGCAGAGGGCUUACGGGCUCGCGCUGAAGCAUUCGCCAGAUUUACGGAGGCAGCCAAACUCCGCCUGGUGCUCGAUAUACUGCCAGCACUUGCGGCAGAAGUCUGUGCACCACUUGCCAAAACCACCGAGAUCGUUAUGAUUGGGGAGGGGUCCGGCGAUGCCUCGAAAUCUACCCCAUUGGCAACUAUCAAUGGACUGGGAAAGGACUUUAUGAGACUUUCGGCUACUGUACCUCCGAGUGUUAGAGCUAUUACUGGCGUGGACCUUAGCAAGGUUAUGGGUACACUACCGGGUGCUUCUGUAUCGUCUUAA